GUUUGCUUUGUGACUUAGUGGCGUCUACAAACUCGUACAUAUAAUUCUGCGUAUACAUAUAUCAUAGCAUUGUUAAUGAGGUGCGCUUCGCGUCGGUUCGUGUCUUUUGUGUUUAUUCAAACUCAGUGUACAGUUAUUAAGCAAUAGACUUAGGAUAUACGUGCAUGUAUUUGUAUAGCCGAAAUUAAUGCCAAAUUUCAUUUGCAAUUUCGAUUGACUGACUGGCUGUGCUUGGACGGUUUGUGCGGCAUUUUGGUGUUUGUGAAUUUUGGAUUUUCGAUUUUCGCGCGAAAAUGAAGAGACUUUGGAAUUUACUGUACUUCAGCUUGUUGUGGAUUGGAAUUUCUGUGAGAGCGCAAAGCUCUUCAUUCUACCGUCGCACUUACUACAGCCCCAUUUCCUCACCACCCACACACUACUUCUCCUCGCAUCCCAGCAGCCACGAGUUUAUGCCACUCUCCUACGCCGGCGAUUUACACACCGAAGAGAGCAAACGAAAGGAAUCUUCCAAGAAGUAUGCAAAGAAAAUAUCCUAUCGGCAUAUCGCUUCUGAAGAGGAAGAUAACUCCAGCGAACGCUACGGCUCAAGUGAGUUCUCAAAUGAGGCACAUAAUUUUAAUUCGAAGGAAAAUGAUAGUCGCGAAUACACCAUUGGCACACAGAUACGUGUGCAACACCCUAUAACAGUACCAAAGAAAUCCACGUCUUCGCAUACCAAGUACAGCACACAUUUACCCAAUCAUUUCAAGAGUACCACCUAUGCGGAUGUGAAUCUUUCUACCGAGGCGCACGACACUAAACUACAGCCAUCGAAGAAACACAUACAUCAUCACAAAUACACACAGUACUAUGAAUCGGAUCCCUUCCAUGUUGUUGCACCACCCAAACCCGCACUCUCCGCUGUGUCGCCAACACCCAGUCUCAACUAUAAUGUGUAUGAGCCGGAACAAGAGGAUUUCGAUUUGCAUCCAACCAAUUCGAAUAGAGUCAAAGCUCAGCUGCGCGAACGUUUUAAGGGUGUUGCCUCACAGAAGCAAAUCGAAAAAUAUCUAGAAGAUCAGCAAAAAUUACUAGAUGAAGCGCUUAAGCUACAGCUGUUGAAUAAUCCAAAAUUUCACCACUUGAUGAAGACGAAAGAUGCCGCCGAACAUCACUACGAUGAGGGGGAAUAUGAGGAAUUGCCUGUCGACCCGCAACCUCCACCAAUUUAUCGUUCAAAUUUCGAUGAUAAUUUAACAUUCAAAUCGAAUCGUGCAAGGAGACGUCCAAAGGGUGCAGAAUUGAAGCGGUCACCGAAGUCACCACCGAAGCCCCCGACGCCCAUAAUUGGCACGAGUAAGCGGCGAUUUCGCCCAGCACUUGUCAUCAAUGUUUGAGGGUGGCAGAGCCUAUCGGAUAUUUGUGCAUGUCAACAAAUUCAGUUAGUUAUAGAGAUAUGGUGCGCGCCUACUGGUGCUUUUACGAUUUUUUUCUAGUGCACGUAUUAAUUUUUAUUUAUGAUUGCUUUGCUUAAGAUGUUGAUUUUU